AAAUAUAGCCGAAACAUUGAGGUUAAUUAUGAUAUAAAGUGAAAAUGGGACGCAAAAUACCCGGGAAAAAACACAGAGGAGUAAAGGAUCCAACUAAGCAACAAAAGAAGCGUUUAUCCGAGUUAAACAAAGUGAUAAACGCGCCGCCGAGGGAUAAGGAUGAGCAGGCGAUACCGAAGAGUCUUGAGCGCGUGAUGAAGCUGAAGCAAUGCGUAAAGGACGGUAAGAUGAUGAAGAAAAAUACUAAGAAAAAAAAGAAGCUGAAAAAUCAACUGAUCGUGAUGGGUAACCACCAUCCACAGCUCGCUCAUCCUAAGGCAAGACCGGAGAAGGUUGUUCCUGUAUUUUCGCAAAGGGCAGACGAAUGUGGCAAAGCCUUUUUGAACCGAGUAAACUCGGAGGCUCAGGCGUUCAUAAAUGAGACUGCGUUUGAAGAAAAAUAUGGUGUGGAAGUCAAGCGAGAUCCAAGUACUGGUAAUAUCGAAGGAUUGUCUAAGCGAUCAAAGGAUGAGAUAGAUGAAUUAAUGAGGCUCAAAAUGAAGCACAGCAAUACCAAGAAGAAAAAGAAAAAGAAGAAGGACACUGAGACAUCGACUAGGCUGACGAAAGCUCAGAAAAGGAAACACAAGCUCGAGUUGAAAAAAACUAAGAAACUGCAGGACAAUAUAGACGAGUUCAAGGUCUUCAAGGAGACUGUCGAGUUUGGGGAUGUUGUCCAUGCUCCUCCAGAACUAAAAAUCAAACCGAAAAAAGCAGAUGCUGCUUAUUCUGAACGGCCUGGACGAAGAGGUCUUCUUCUUGAUUCGCUUUUCAAGAGCAGUGACAAAUCUGUAGAGAAGCCAACAGGCGUUAAGUCCGUCAACAGAUCUGGAAAACGCAAAGAUCUGCCGGUUGGUGAAAGGAGACAACUGGAGGAACGGCAGAAAGAAGCCAUAACUGCAUACAGAAAUCUGAAAUCUCGAAAAGCCCCUGAUUUAUGACCGUGGGAAAUGGCCAUGUGAUCAAUAUUUGUACGUAUGGGAGCCUCGGCAGAGAAUAGAAGGACAAAAUGUGUGUGUAAAUUAAAUGACUUUAUUGAAGGUAUUUUUUUAAUUACAUUAGGGUGUAUAUAAUACAGAGCGAGAAUUCAUUUUUAAAGUUUACAGUAUUGUACUUCGGCAGAGAAGUAGUUGGGAAAACUGGGAGGUUAAAUUCGGCUAAAAUUAUUCUUGACAACUUGGAAACUGAAUGACUAGCAUUUACAACAGUAUAACACCGAUUUAAAUGACUGUUGAUUGUUUUUGCUUGUCACUAACGAUGAUGAAGAUGAAGCAAACGAUUUCAAUUAAUCUAAAAUAAAAUAACAGUACUGUAAACAACACAAAAAGUAAUAAGAGCCUUUUAUCUUGUGAAAUAUCAAAUGUUUA